UUGUUGUGGUCGCCAUUUUGCUGGUUGCAUUACUGGGUAAUCGGGGCCCUGGCUGGCCGUGUCUGCCGGAUACCCUCAGCCAGUGGGCAGAUCUGAGCUCGGGCCGCCCGAGCACUUUGAGUCCCCUUGCCCGCGCCCUCAGGUCUCAGCGGCGGUGGCAGCCGAGGCGCAGGAUGCGAGAAGGCGCCCCCCGGCCGGGCUCCCGCUCCAGGCCUCGCACCCCUGCGGCCCUCUGAGCCCACCAUGGCCGUCCCACCAGGCCAUGGUCCCUUCUCUGGCUUCCCAGGGCCCCAGGAGCACACGCAGGUGCUGCCUGAUGUGCGGCUGCUGCCUCGGAGGCCACCCCUGGCCUUCCGGGACGCCACCUCAGCCCCGCUGCGCAAGCUCUCUGUGGACCUCAUCAAGACCUACAAGCACAUCAAUGAGGUGUACUAUGCCAAGAAGAAGCGGCGGGCCCAGCAGGCGCCGCCCCAGGACUCCAGCACCAAGAAGGAGAAGAAGGUCCUGAACCACGGUUACGAUGACGACAACCACGACUACAUCGUGCGCAGCGGCGAGCGCUGGCUGGAGCGCUACGAGAUUGACUCGCUCAUCGGCAAAGGCUCCUUCGGCCAGGUGGUAAAAGCCUAUGACCAUCAGACCCAGGAGCUGGUGGCCAUCAAGAUCAUCAAGAACAAAAAGGCCUUCCUGAACCAGGCCCAGAUCGAGCUGCGGCUGCUGGAGCUGAUGAACCAGCACGACACGGAGAUGAAGUACUACAUAGUGCACCUGAAGCGGCACUUCAUGUUCCGGAACCACCUGUGCCUGGUGUUCGAGCUGCUGUCCUACAACCUGUACGACCUCCUGCGCAACACACACUUCCGCGGCGUCUCGCUGAACCUGACCCGGAAGCUGGCGCAGCAGCUCUGCACGGCGCUGCUCUUCCUGGCCACGCCCGAGCUCAGCAUCAUCCACUGCGACCUCAAGCCCGAGAACAUCCUGCUCUGCAACCCCAAGCGCAGCGCCAUCAAGAUCGUGGACUUCGGCAGCUCCUGCCAGCUGGGCCAGCGGAUCUACCAGUAUAUCCAGAGCCGCUUCUAUCGCUCGCCUGAGGUGCUCCUGGGCACGCCCUACGACCUGGCCAUUGACAUGUGGUCCCUGGGCUGCAUCCUCGUGGAGAUGCACACUGGGGAGCCCCUCUUCAGCGGCUCCAAUGAGGUGGACCAGAUGAACCGCAUUGUGGAGGUGCUAGGCAUCCCGCCAGCCCCCAUGCUGGACCAGGCCCCCAAGGCCCGCAAGUACUUUGAGCGGCUGCCUGGGGGUGGCUGGACCCUACGAAGGACAAAGGAACUCAGGAAGGAUUACCAGGGCCCCGGGACACGGCGGCUGCAGGAGGUGCUGGGCGUGCAGACGGGCGGGCCCGGGGGCCGGCGGGCGGGGGAGCCGGGCCACAGCCCCGCCGACUACCUCCGCUUCCAGGACCUGGUGCUGCGCAUGCUGGAGUACGAGCCCGCCGCCCGCAUCAGCCCGCUGGGCGCUCUGCAGCACGGCUUCUUCCGCCGCACGGCCGACGAGGCCACCAGCACGGGCCCGGCAGGCAGCAGUGCCUCCACCUCGCCCGCACCCCUCGACACCUGCCCCUCCUCUAGCACCACCAGCUCCAUCUCCAGCUCGGGAGGCUCCAGUGGCUCCUCCAGCGACAACCGGGCCUACCGCUACAGCAACCGCUACUGUGGGGGUCCUGGGCCGCCCAUCACUGACUGUGAGAUGAACAGCCCCCAGGUCCCACCCUCCCAGCCGCUGCGCCCCUGGGCAGGGGGUGAUGUGCCCCAUAAGACACAUCCAGCCCCUACCUCUGCCUCGUCACUGCCGGGGCCCGGGGCCCAGAUGCCCCCCCAGCCCCGCUGCCUUGGCCGGCCCCCGUCACCAACCUCACCGCCACCCCCAGAGCUGAUGGACGUGAGCCUGGCGGGCGGCCCUCCGGACUGCUCCCCGCCUCACCCCGCGCCUGCCCCCCAGCACCCGGCUGCCUCAGCCCUGCGGACUCGGAUGACGGGAGGUCGCCCGCCUCUCCCACCCCCUGACGAUCCUGCCGCUCUGGGGCCUCGCUUGGGCCUCCGGGGUGUGCCGCAGAGCACCGCGGCCAGCUCAUGACCCUGCCCCCUCCCUGGGGCCCCUCCUGAAGCCAUACCCUCCCCCCAUGUGGGGGCCCUGGGCUCCCAUCCUCAUCUCUCCCCUUGACUGGAAUUGCUGCUACCCAGCGGGGGCGGGUGAGGCCUGCACUGACGGGCCUGGGGCAGGGGGUCGAGGAGAGGGGUUUGCUCAGACCCUCCCACUAAGGACUGGACCCUUGGCUCCCCCUCCCCCCUUGUUUUCUAUUUAUUGUACCAAAGACAGUGGUGGUCCGGUGGGGGGAGGCUCCCCUCCUCCCAGGGCCCUAGGAGGGGGCGGGGGCAGGUAGGGGGAGAUGGCCUUGCUCCUCCUUGCUGUACCCCCCAGUAAAGAGCUUUCUCACACGCCUGCCUGAGCGUCUGCAGGGCCUCCGCUCCCCUUCCCUGGCCCGCAGAGGCAUGGUGGGAGGAGCGUUUGGGGAGGGGGUGCGGCUACAGGCGCCACCCCGGCCGGCAUUAACCUUCCUAGCGUAAACUGGCGCCCAGACAGGCUGCGGCCCGUGUUCGGGAAACGCCGUGUUCCUUCGGCCCUAGUAAGCCAGGCAGGCAUCAGUGUCGUGGGGACAGGCAGGCAGGCAGUGGGUAGACUUGACCCCCGCACACACCUGGACCCACCUUUUGGAAUCAUUGCGGAGCCAAGCGCUUUGACAUUCUCAGGCAGAAAUAGAACUCCUUGGGUUCCAGGUAAGUAGUGCCGUUUCCAUGGCAAUUUGGCGGGCCAAUCAAGAGCUGUCUGGUUCAAAGGUUAGCGCGGCGCUCCCUGGGAAAUGGCGUUUUACUUAGCGAUCUCUUUUCCCACUCUUCGUUAGGGAACUACAAAGACCAGAAUCCUCUUCGUUCAUGUUUGGGAGCGAGUGUCCGGGCAGCCAAUAGGCACUCAGAGGUAGCCAGGGCCCGGAUGUAUGGGGCGGUCAGUAGCCAGAGAGAAGGCGUUGAUUGGGCGCUUUGGGUCGUGUGGUGCGGAGGUCUCUUCUGAGGCGUGCGGAAGGAGGGUUUCUGGGCUGUGCCGCGAGGACUUGCGGGUUAGGGUCUCGGGGUGCCGGAGCUGGCGGUAAGGAUGGGGCCUGCAGCUACCCCUCGUACGGACAUCACCGUCCGGCUCACGGGAAGCCCCAGUCCGUGGGAGAGGCGGGCAAGGACCCGGUAGGGGUGUGUGUGCCCUCAGUGAUGGAGGCAGCGCGGGGCGCGCCGGGCACCCAAAGGAGGUGGAUGCGGGUGGGGAGGCCUGGCUGGACGAGGGGCGGCGGCGAGAAGCAGCCGGGUCUGCGUGUGCGCGGAGGGGCUCUGGUGGUGCUGGGCCCGGUGUUGGCCGUUCUGCAUGGAUUAGAUGCUGGAAAAUUUUCUUGGCCACUUAAAGAGCUUGGCCUUUGUCCUGAGGGCGGUGAGAAGCCGCUGGAGAACUUCGGGUAGGGCAGGGAUACGGCCCAGCUUGCUGUGAUGUGGAAAUAAACGGACAGGAAUUGGAUCUGGGAGUCCAGGGUUGGCGGCUGUGGCUGGGAGGAGGAUCGGGGCAGGUGCGCGGGAGGCGGUGCGGGGACGAGUUGACGGGCUGCCGGGGAGAGGGGGAUGACUCCGCCACGUGCAACGGGGCCUGCGCAUUGCAGAUGAGCGGUUCAAAAAGGUUUUGCGUGAACAAUCCUAGGAGGCACGCGCCGUUCCAUCUCCCUUCCGCGGAUGGUGAUACCGAGGGCGAGCAACAUUAAGUGACUUGCCCAGGACCUCGUGGCUAGGAAGAGGCCAGCUCGGGUGGGUGGGCGCCAUUCUCUGACUUAGCAGGGUGCAGGUGAGCCUGGAGACCUCAGCAGGGGCAGAUCAGGUACAGCCGGUAAGGAGUUUGGGAGAGGCACGGAAAUGUGGAUCCCAUUUCUGCUUCCAGCCUAGGACCUCUCCCUUGUGAUGCCCUCUAUUGGCUCUUGGUAUCUCCAGAGUGAUCUUGGUCCAGUUGAAGAAUCUGUACCCUCCAUGUCCGAUGUGGUAAAUGGCAGCUCCUUCCUGGUUGCUCCGGGCGCAGACAUGGGAGCUGUCUGUCUGACGCCCACAUCAAGUCCACUAGCGGCCGUCUUCACCAUGUGUUCAGAACCUGACCACCUCUCUCUGUCCCUACACUCCGGACGCCAGGGUCCUGCUCACCCUCAUCUGCACAGGCCAUUGUAGUAGCCUCCUCAGCGGUCUCCCGGUUCCUACCCCCACCCCCUACAGCCAGAGGGACACAGGUCUCGUCCUGCCCCUGUUCAGGACCCUGCAUGGCUCCAUCUCACUCGGGGUGGAAACCCGUCCAGGGCCCCUGCCCCUCACCACCUCUCUGACGUGGGCUGCUCUCCUUGCUUGCUCUGCUGCAGCCACACCGGCCGCAGGGCCUUUGCACUUUCUGUUCUCCUUGCCUGAAGCCCCCGCUUCAACAUCUCCCAGAGAGCCCAGACUCAUUCUUCACUUCCCUUAGGUCUUAACUCAGAUGCCACCUCCUCCUUGGUCCUUCCUGACCAAGCCUGUAGACCUGAACCCUUACCAUACGCAUCCAUCCUCCUUCCUUCAACUUGCUGCUUACUGUUGAUCGUCUCAGCAGUUAGCGACUGAGGAUUGAUUUCUUCUGUUUAUUCCCACUGCUGGCUCCGGCUCCGUGAGGGCGGGUGCCAUUGUCUACUUCAUGCUUUGUCCCCAGCACCUGGGAGGUUGCCCUGCACACAGCAGGGGCUCAGUUGUCAUUUACCAGAGAAGGAGCAAAGAUCUGGAUCCCAGCAUCCCCCGGGGCCCUGCCGCUCCCAGUCCCCUCUCUACAAAGAGGCCGCCUCACAGUUUGCCGUGGACUCGGGACGUCUGGCCUCUGCUGUGUGCUCAGCACAGCCGAGAACAGAGCGGUUUUCCUGCCUCAAAGGAGGUCCCAGGUGGGGGUUCAGAGCGUCCGAUGCCCGCACAGCGCGCACACGCAAAGAUGGGUGGAAGGUGCCGUGAGAGCACACUCCCAUAGGAUAGCUAAGCCGGGCCCCGAGGCGGUGGACAAGUUUACUGAUGCUAAUAAGCCACCGUGGGGAGCGACAGCAGAGCAGGAGGCCGGGCCAGGCGGCUCCUGUAAGGGCUCUGGGCCUCACCCGGCACUGGGAGCUGAGGAAGGACUUUCAAGCCGUGGGAGGGAGCACGCACAGUCAACAGAGUAUUUUAAGGGCUCCUCUGGCUGGCGUCCGGGGAACUGGCUCUAGGUGGAAUCAGCUGUUUCCAUGAGGUUACGAUAACUGCAGUGAAGUCAGCCCCACUUUCUCUUUUUCCAGUCAAGAAGUGGCGUUGCCUGCCUUCCCCCGGCAGCCGGGCCCAGCCCUGUGCUUUGUCUUGACCAACUGCUUGCGCUGCAGGAGCCUCGGGAGGCCUGGAAACUGCUCUCCGCAUCGGAGCCCUGCCCCUGCUAGGAGGCCGGCCCCAGCUGCGCCAGCUGCUGUAGCUGAGGUGCCAGGCGUGCUGACGCCGCGUGGGGAGAGAGACCCUGCUGGGCCCCGCAGCCUCAGCCUGCCCGGAUGGCAGAUUCCUGAGCAGAGAGACGGUGGUCCUUUGAUGCCCUGGCUUUUAG